AUGCUUGCUAACCAUAAAUCAAAAAGGUCUCGGCCUAAACGAAACCAAUCGUCUACCACACUUCAAUUUGCACCUCCAAAUUGGCUUUCUAAGAUAUUUCGGAAAAGUUCAACGGUCUUUCAGCGCGAAACAAGUUUUGGCUAUCCAUGGCAACGGAAUUUUUUUCCAACAAAGAUACUUUCAAAAGUUUCUUCAAUCCCCUUUAUCUUUCCAAAAUUAUUGUAUAUCUUUUUAUGCGCAGGCAUGGGUUCGGUAAUACCGUACCUUCCGAUUUUUUAUAACGCUUCUUUGAAGUUGACAUCGACGCAGAUUGGAAUUGUAUUUUCACUCGCGCCCUUCAUUUCUGCCAUAAGCUGCCCCCUUUGGACCGGACUGGCUGAUAGAUAUCAAACGCACCGACAAAUCAUUGUUGUUAUUUACUGUCUGGCGACCUUGGGUGUUCUUAGUCAGAUGUUCUUGCCAAGUUUUGCUGCGGAAGAAAGCAGCGGAGGCUUCAUGAUGAGUUGUGUAUUAUUCACGGCCAUAUGGUUCGCCUUUUUCGGGAUACCCGUUAAUGCACUGGUUGAUAGUGGUGUGAUAAAAAUUCUUGGUGACAAGAAGGAACUUUAUGGUCAACAACGACUUUGGGGAUCAUUUUCAUAUGGCGCGAGCACAUUAGGAGUUGGUCUGUUGUGGAGUGCCGUGAAGGACAUCAACAUCAUAUUCUUCUUCUUCUUGGCCACCUCUUUGUUGUUUGUAAUAAGCACUCUGUUAACUGACUUUAACCCGGACAAAGAUUCCGAUGAAUUACCCAUACGUUCCAAGGAUAUUGCCUUUAAACCAUUAGUUGAUCUCGAGGAUCAAGAUGAACCUGCGGCAUCAAGUUCCAGGGAUGCUGUCAGGAAAUAUAGAGAUUAUGACACAGAGGCUAUUAACAAUUUAGAUCACAUUGAGGAAUCGGACGGUGAGGAUUCUUCGGUGUUUGACGAAGACAACGAUGAUGAUGCGGUUUCGGUGCCUGAUCUAGAUAUCUUGGCAUUUGCUCCAACUGCUCCAAAUCUAACCACCGCAUCUCUUUCAACCAAUCCAAUUGCGGCGAUAAAAACGUUGCUCCGGAACCCUUCGGUGGCAACAUUGUUGGCGGUCAUGUUGCUUAUGGGAACAGCACUUUCCAUGAGUAAUUCUUUCUUACUACUUUUCCUUAGUCAAGAAUUGAAAGCCAGUUCAACGGUUUUGGGAUUAACGGGUUUAUUUAGUGCCUCCACGGAAUUGCUAUUUUUCUUUUACUCAAAAGAUUUAAUCUCUCGAUUUGGAAUCGUAUCCUUGGUUUCGCUGGCCCACAUAGUGACCAUUAUUCGAUGCACCACGUACAUAUUUCUAAAAGAAAAUACAUUCUCAUACGUGAUGGCACUUCUAGUACAAUUUCUUAACGGAAUCGGUUUUUCUGCUCUUUGGGCAUCCGGUGUCAUGCAUAUCUCAAACAAUGCACCGAGCAAUCUCAUUUCAUUUUCUCAAGGUGUGAUGACAGCCUUGUAUGCUGGAAUCGGUACAGGAUUUGGAAGUUUGAUUGGCGGUUUGCUGUACGAUACCGCCGGUGGUCCGAGAGUUAUGUUUGGAGUUGUGGUGGCCAUCAGCAUAAUAAGUUUGAUCGUUUAUUGGUGGGGUGAAAAUGGGUUUGAAGUUAAUAUCGAUCAUUUUGGCGGAAAGCGACGAAGACAGGAAAUUAUGCUUCCUUGGGAGGGUGAAACCGGUGGAGCCCCCGUCAUUAUGGAACGACGGAGUACCCUGUCGGUCGAAACCGCACGCACGAAAAAAGGUAGAUACGAAAUGUUGUUGCAAGAUGAUGACGAUGAGCAAUAUCAUUAUGGUGUUUUUGGAGAGGGAAGAUGA